AUGCUGUGCCUGCACUUGUCGGUGGCCGGGCCCCGGGGAUCUACGGCGAGCUGGGCUCCCCCCGCCCGUGACACCGGUGAGAGAACCGCGGCGGCGGCGGCGGGGCGAGUGAGCAGCCCACCACGGAGCGCCGCAGAGCCGGCGGAGCGCCCGGAAACUCCCGGCGCGGCCAGGGAGCCAGCGCCCAUGAGGAGAGAGGGAGAUUCUCGCCGGAGUAACGCCGGCGGAGCGGGAGCUCGGGCGGGAGAGCGGGGCGACUCCUCCGCCGAAUUUUCCGGCUACGAGACCGCCGCGGGCUCGGAUAUUUACCAGAGUUUUAGCGACAGCGACAGCGACCAAGUCGGGUCCUUUGGAGCGCAGCCGGGGCGCAAGGACGGCGGAGCCCGGCUGGAGGGAAGCUCGGGCGGAGGGGAGAGCGGGUGCACGGAAAUUUGGGCGGAUUUGGCGGCGGAAGGCAGCGACGAGGUGCAUUUUAUAACCACGCACCAGAUCCAGCUGUAUGAACUGGACCAUGACGGCGACUGUGACGGCGCCGCUUAUUCCUUCCUGGACAGCAGCUCCCCGGAGAGCGACGCCUCGGAGGAAGGCUCCCUCACCCCCCGGGCUUCCGCCGGAGAAGCGCCGGCGGCUCCGGGCGCCGCGCCCGGGCGGGAGUCGGCGGGCGAUGAAGGUGCCCGGCGGGCGGGCGCCGCUGGCGGGCACGUCCGCCUGUCCAUCCGGGCCAGCUCCCGGGCGGUGGGCGAGGAGCGGGCUGCACGCCCGGGCGCCCGGGGGGCGGAGGCGAGCCGCUGCAGCUCCGGCGCAGUGAGUGAGCUGGACGAGGCGGAUCAGGAGGUCCGCAGCCUGACCGCCCGGAGUUUCCGCAGCCUGGCGCGCCUGGGCGAUGAGUAUCUGGACACUGACUGCUCCGGUAAUAGAUCAACCGAUUUGUCAUCGCUGUCAGGGGGGAGUGUCGGGUGUAGCCGCUGGGCUGAGGGUGUGGGGGCUCAUUGCCGCAAAUCAAUGGGCAAGGCAGAUUGCGGAGAAUUUCCUGCCCAGGCAGCAAACGGCAGCGUUAGCGCACCCGGGGAGGACCCCCGGAGCCCAGAGGGAGGUCCCGGGGAACUACCCCCCGAGGGAGAGGGGUCACAACCCGCCAGCGCAGCCCAGGACAACCCGGCGGGGCGAGGCGGAGAAUCGGCGCAACUGGGCUCCCGGGUCACCGCGCCCGGGCAGACCGUGCCGGAGGGACAGCGGCACCCCCCCCGGGGCUCGGGUCCCGGCGAUGGGCUGACGGACCCCCCGGCGGCCGGGGGCGGCGCGGGGAUGGCGAAGCCCCAGCGCAAGUCGCAGCGGGCGUCCAGCCUCCUGCAGAACAUCAUCUGGAAGCGGAUGCAGUUCGAGCAGGAGCUCCGCAUGGAGCGGGGCGAGAUCAGCGACACCAGCUCCCCCGGCCGCGGCUCCAACAGCCCCCCGGGCCCCGAGCAAGGCCACUCGGCCCGCGGCAGCCUGUUCCCGAGCCAGCGCAGCGCUUUCCGCGCCUGGCCGGACGCCGGCGCCAACUCCGCCCGAGCGGGCCAGAGCAUCCGCGCGGAAAUCGCCCAGAGCCCGGGCCGGGACACCAAGAUGUCCCACCUGUUCGUGCCCGGGAUCCAGCGGGCACCGACUGGCACCGAGCCCAGGAAAGCCUCUCCCCGGGACCACCCGCCCCCUCCCAAAGGGGCAGCGGAGGGGGACAGCGCCGCCGUCCGCUCGCCAGAAAUCCGCAUCAAGGUGCGGAGCCGCCGGAGCCCGGGACCGGGGCCGGUCCCUGAGGUCCGGUGCCAGCCGCUGAUGUUGGCGGAGGCUGGGCAUGAGGAAGGGGGCAGGAGCAGGGCUCAGCAGCACUUUACCGUCCGGGACAUCCGCGACAACAUCCAGAGGCUCCAGGCGCCACUCCACCGGGUCCGGGACGUCCGCAAACUCCUCAAGAGCUCCUACCACAUCGUGACCGUGCACGGUGGCACCGUAUCCCGGGAGGAGAGGGUCCCACCGGCCCCGACCCUCGCCAGCAGCCCCUCCGUACCCAUCGUCAUCAAGUGCCAGGCGGUCAGUAAGAAGCAGCUCCCCGGCAACUGGAAGUCUGGUGCCCGGGCCAGUGGUGGUGGUGGGAGCCUGGAGAACGCCGUUAACGACAGCACUUUGCCGCAAGCGGCGAGACCUGGGUCCCCGGACACCGCAAUGAUCACUGGCUCCAGGUCGGUGCCCAGGGCCAGCCUCCCGGUCACCGGUGCCGGGAGAGCGGCAGCGAGCCCUCCCACCUCCGGAGCAGCAGCCCCGGGACUGGACAAGGCGCUCGGCGCCGGCUGCCAGGCCGAGGCGAGUAAGCGGUUGGCACUGGAGAAGUUGACGGCGGCCGUGAAGAGUAUGGAGCAGCUGUACGUCUUCGACCGGAACGAAUGGAAGCGCAAGAGCGAGGCGGUUCCCGGUGCCGGAGCCCUGGCCGGGAGUCACGUCCUGUCCCUGAUCGCCAGCGAGGAGGCAUCGGGCUCCGACCGGGAGGCACCGGCGGGCACUCAGCCUCCCGAUCCCACUCGCAAAACCGAACCCUCCACCACCCCCGGGAUCCCCAAGACCCCCGGAGCCGCCGCCAAGUGCACGGUCCCACAGCUCUUCACCGUGGCACCGGUGAGCCAAGCCCCCGCCAGGAGAGAGUUCAAACCGGCAGCCACUGUCCGAUCCCCGCCGGUGCAGCCCGAAGUGCGCUCGGUGCGGGCCCCCCUCCGCCCGUCGCUGGAGGAGAGUGAGAAAGCGGCGCAAAACGUGGCGGAUGCCCGGAGCGGCCCUCCAGCAGAGUUUGAGAACUACCUGACCAUCCCGAUCAAGCAGCCUCCUGCCCCCGAGCCUCCCACCACCUACUCUGCCAUCCCCGGACGCCUACACAGCCCGAGCCCCAAACAGCAACGGGAACCAUCUCCCGCCACCAUCUACCACCAGCCUCCGUCCCAGAAGCCCAACCCCAGCCCUGCCCUGGUGGUGCAGCCCCCAGAGCUGAUCAGCCACGCCAAGUUGGUGGAGAGUCCCCCGGUACCGUGUUUCCCGGGCCCUCACACACAGCGCAAGAUGUUACUGGACCCCACCACCGGGCAGUACUACCUGGUCGACACGCCCCUCCAACCUGCUCGCAAGCGGCUGUAUGACCCAGAGACCGGGCAGUAUGUGGAUGUGCCCAUUCCUCAGCAGCCCCUGACACCAAUGUCUGUGCCCAUGUCUCCCAUUGCAAUCAACCCUGGCGCCUAUGGUACCACCUACAUGCUGUACCCGGGAUUUCUGCCCACGCCCGCCCUGCUGCCCCCUCUACAGAGCCAGCUGGCCCGGGCCGACAGCGAGCGCAAUGAGACUGUGAAGCCCCCCAGUGCGAUCAGCCAGCCUGGAGAAGCCCAAUACAUGGAGAGUCCUUAUUACUUCCCCACUGGCAAGUCCAUGAAUCCCACCCACACCGUGACCUCUCAGCACAUCACCAGAGCCAGCAAAGGCUUCCCAGAAGGUAAACCAGUCAUCAGCAUCACCUCCCAACCUGGGCCGAGGAUCAUAGCGCCGCCAUCCUUUGACGGAACCACCAUGAGUUUUAUUGUGGAGCACAGAUGAACAGUCCUGGAUCAGUGUGUGAGGAGAUGUGACUGAAGAAUGUCAUAUGAAGACUGCUUUAUAAUGCAAAACAACUUCUUAAAACUUCCUUAGGAUUUUCCUAUUCUCAAAUGUAGUUAUGUGUGUUUACUAUAAAUUCUUUACUGUUCAAAGUAAUAA